AUGCCCAUUUGGCCUUUCAGACGUCGGCGGAGAGGCACGCAGGUCAACCACGAUAGUGAUGCUGCGCAAGCCUCGCUGUUGUCGGAGAAGGCGAGGUCCUUUCCAUCGACACAGCCAUCAGCCACCACUUCCGCCCCGUCGCCCGUCGCACAUACACCACCCAUCCCCACCCGCUCGCUCCGAGGACACAGCGAGCGCAAACGACCCGCGUCGCAGCAGGACCAGGCUACCCCGGAGCAAGCAGUCCAGCCCAGCAAACGACGCUCCCACGUCGAUUCGGCCAACAAGGAGAAUCUGCUGCCGCCAUCCAGUCAUGGCCAAUACAGCAGCAGGGAAGAUAUCACUGCCCUGCCCUCGCAGUACAGACUCGAGCAUAGCCCGCACCUCCGCCCGGUUGAUCUGGAGCGUCCACCGAUACCCUACAACUUCCGUCCUCGCUCCGUGUCGCAGACAGUGAGCUCGCAACGACACGAGGGAACCACGAAGCCAGCUAGACCGCGUACCUUGCAGUCAAAACGGAGCACUACCGAUUAUGGAUCACCAGCUAGGAUCCUGUCACGAACAUCCAGCAAGACCUCACGGAAACGGGAUGACCAGUUGCGCGAGGAGGAGAUCCGUGCCAUGUCAGCACCCAUCCCUAUCCCCAAGCGACGCGGAGACGACCCACUGAGGAGAGACAGCAAGAAGAUUCGUGGGUUGGGUGGGAGAGACUCGCAAGUGACGUUGCCACCAGAAGGAUCGGUACACUCCGCCAUGUCGGGCGUGGUCGAGCAACGCGGUUGGGAGAUUGGCGGCUUUGCCGUAUUCAGUCCUCGACCAGCUGUCCGACUGUCUGGCACACCACAGUAUGUCCCAGCCAGCAUGCCGAACAGGGCAUCUGGCUAUCUCUAUCGCAUAGACUCGCUGCCUAAGGAGAAGGAGAAAGGCAAAGAGAUGGACAACGAAAAGACACCCACUUCUCGAGAUAGGGAUCGUAAGCGGAGAACUGUAGGCAACGAAGCAGAUGACCUUGACGCCAGCGACAUUCGUCUGAUCAUGGAGCGUGAUGCGAAGCGACGAGAACUGCGACAGAAGGAGCGACAGGAGAAGCUUGAGCGGAAACUGCGAAGCAGAGAAGGACGUAAUCAGGGCGAUAGCGAUGCCCGAGCAGCAAGGCGAGAGGAAGAGAGACGAACGCAAGAAGAAGGCAGAAGUCGUGUGGAAGACGAAAUCCAGGCACACGGACCGCGACCGCCUCCUACUGCUGUGCACCCUGCCUUGCGCAACACAGCUGCAGAUGAGCAACCAGAUCCGACACCUGUGGGUCUCGGCAUUGGGAAGCAGCCACCUCCAGCUGCGCCCAUGGAAUCAGAACGUCAGCAGCAGCAUGCUCUCCCGACGACUGAAGACCUGGGAACCGAAAACACUGGAACUUAUCGUGAUUAUCGUCCUGCAGAUGCUGUCCCGCAGAAUCCAUUCAGCGAUGAGGCAGAAUUCGCGACGCCGCCAUUCUCCACGCCUAUGUCUGAAGUUCCUCCGGCUGUAUUGGGUGCAUCUAUGCCCGCCUCACCCGUGGAAGACACAACGGCAGAAGAUCACAACGACGAGCAGCCAGUGCUGGCUACGGCACAAGCGGUCCGCAUGUCUCAAGCUAACACACCGCCGCUAUCGCCUGUAUAUGGUGUUCGAGGAUCCGGGAGUGCUUCGCAGCUGACAGAAGCUGUCCGUCAACAAAGUGCAUCAGCGCUCAGUACAUCAGUCCAAAGCUCCGACUUGCCGGCACCUCCACCGAUCAAUGUUGACCGCAGGAGCUCAGACCCGCCCACAGAUGGUCCAAAGCGUACUGAUUGGGGCAGCAUAUUCAAGCGAGGCACCUUCUCGCGCAAGAAAAGACCCGAAGCUCUCGCCCCCGUCGAGACAGGCUUCAAGAACACCUCCCGGGAAUCGAUGAGGAACCAACCCAUCCCUGCACAUCUCAUCGACCCCAAUGCUCGGCGUCCAUCGACUCUACGCUCAGCCUCUGGCACACCUGUCCGUACUCAAAGCAAAUUCCGAGAGGACCUGCCCGAUACUCCAAUCUCACCACCUGAUUCGAGAACACAGUCGCCCGAUGUACCGACAGUAGCUGGCGCCAUGGCAGCUCGUGAGGCAGGGAAGAAUGUUCCACAGCCAAUGGACAUUCCGGGUCGAGUCGAUAGGAGCGACACUCCAGUCAGCCAACACGUUCGCGGCCACGCUGCCAUGUCAGGGUCGCUUGCGUCCAUUGACUCCGAGGGCUCUUGGCUAGCGAGCCGCUCAUUGAAGCGCCAGUCAAAUCAAUCGAUGCUGAGUAGGAAUAUCAGUCAGCGCAGAGCAGAGUUCAGUGCCAGCUACGAGGAGCUUGGCGGAGACAAAGACGCAGAAUAUCUCAGUCGUAACCGUGCGACACACAAGGCCAGCAAUCCGGCGCUUAUGGGUGCAAGUCCGGAUGAGGAGAGUGACGACGAUGUUCCGCCAGAGAUCGCGGACGACCCAUUGACCGUCCACGGAAGCGUGCGGAGGAAGCCAACUCUUGUACAGCGCGAUCCCCGUCUCAAGUCACGAGAAGGCUUGGUCACGGAAUUUGCUUCCGCAGAACAAGUCGAAAGUCUGGCAGAGAGCCUCGAUGCCACACCUGAUGACGACGAGUUUGAACCAGACUCACCAGGACCCCAGAUGGAGCGAGCAAGAAGUGUCAACGUUGGCAGUCGCCACUCGAGGCAAUUCUCAGCCGGGAGCGCAAAGCUGCUCGACGUGCGACGCACCUCAAUGGACCUAAUCAGAAACUCGACCACCCCUGAACCAAGACCAACAACACCAUGA